AUGGGCGCGGACCUUGUUUCACCACCAACCACCACCAGCACUUCUGGUCCUUGCUGGGUCAGGCUACAAACCGACCACCGAGCAGAUCGACAGGGCGAGCAUGAUACCGUUUCGCCAAUCAGCGAGUCCUCCGAUACUACCGAAGCAGACGGUGUGAUCCUAGUUCCCAGGCCAUUUGGGAGUUCGUCCGUGAGCCCGUCCGUCCGUGAGCCAGUCAUGGGCCCCGCUGAGACGAAGUGGAGUCAUGGCCCGCGCUCGUUAAUCUUAAAACACCGUGGGAGGGGCAGCCUCCACCAAGAUGAACACGGACAAAACGCCCCAGGUUUGCGAUUGAACUCGGACAAGCUGUCAUUCUCCAAGGAACUGAAGAUCCUAGCGAAAACGCGGCGUGUUCGGGUGCUAGAGGAUAAUGCUGAUGUUGAUGACUCUCACAAGAUAUACGCACCGUCGUAG